GCGAUGUGCAGAAAAGUCGAUCUGUUUCGUAAGCGGAUGACAUUCGCCGAGCCGUUUACAAGCAAGCACGGUCCAGCCCAGCAAUGGUUGUAGCGGUGUUUGUUUUGCUCAGUUAAAUUAUUGUUUAGUGAAAUUAUCUGCCUUUCGGUAAAAUUGUCAUGUGUGAUAACGUAAUAGUGAAAAGGGAUCAUCAAAAUCAACACUCUAGCAUAGGUCAAUAAGGGCGUAAAAAUCUGUCACCCUCGUGUGUUGCAUAUUGUUGAGCAAUUGGAUAGCGCUGCUCAAUCUGCUUGCAAAAGGGCAUCGGCAACGGCAUCCUCUCCCUUCCCCCUCCUCGCUUCCACGGACUCUUCCACGAUGGAUGUUCUUGAGGCGGUUCUAGCUAAGCUGGAGGAGGGUGAUUACAAAUCGGCCGUUGAUAUCAUAGCGGACCCGGCAAACGAUGCGUCGAUAAAGCUUCAAUCGAUGGAGCUAGUGUCGCUCAUCGCCAGCCAUUUAACCGAUGAAACUGCGGAAAAUAAACCCGACCUGUAUGCUACGACGGAAACGAUACUGAAUCGGGUGGCACAAAAAUGCAGCCCGCCGGAAGUGUUGUACGAAUUGAUGGAAAAAAUGCGCAUCACCACGAGCGAUGAAGUGUUCACCAGCGUACUGAAGGCGAUACAGGUGUCCGUGCUACGACUGCCGGCCAAGCGUGCCCGCUGUCUGGAAUGGGUUUUCCAAACCAUCAUUGACUAUCUGGACAAAAUAGCUCUGCCCGACGUGCUCAACAAAGAUAUGGACGAACGCGAGGAAGAUCUGCUGGAAUGUGAAGAAUCGAUCCGAAGAUUGCUGCAGCUAUACAUCACGCUGCUGCUCUUUCUCGAACCGAUCGUUAAACAUCUGGGCAAGUCGACUGCUGUAAGCAGUACGUUCUUCGACUCAAGUCUAACGCAGAAGAAUGCGUUGAUCGUGUUUUUGCUCCGGCUGAUGGGAAAACUGUUCCCCUUUCUCCAUCUUCAAAGAACCGAGCAACCGCGUAAAACUUUGCGCCGUCCUGCCAAAUUGCCAGCCGGUAAAAGCUACUCGAUCCAGGUGGCGGAGGAUAUGGUCAGAUCGUUUACGACGCUCGUUAAAGAUCCACUGUUUCUACUGCCGUAUGGCCAAAAGCGCAGCACCAUCCAGUGCAAGCCGAAGGAAACCGAUUCCGACGAAAAAUCAAACAACGACUGCUUUCUGUACCACGAAACGUACACGACGGAGGGAUUUGCCGUGCUGUACUAUCUGCUGCUGAGCGAAGACUUACUACCGGCAACGGUUCCCCAGAUUUACGAGCGUCGGUACAUUUUCGAAAUGGGAUUGCGCUACGUUGUGAUUUUGCUGAGCGGCGAACGUACGGUGGUGUACUUCAAGGGUAUCCGAUUGGCUCAAGCAUUGGUUCGGUUGGUAAAGGGCCUUCAGCUUUCUGCACGCGACCUGGAGGCACAAAUUCACACUACGUUCUGCGAACGGUUUGUGCGCGCUUUGGAAAGGUCGGCAAGCGUGCGCAGCCGAGAGGUUGGCAUAACCGUGCUAACCGAUUACAUUCACACGUUUGACGACGAAGGACGGUACAUGAUUGUGUCCCAUCUGCUUAAAACGUUCGAGGAUGAUUCGGUACGAGCUUAUGCGAUCAACGUGUACAAGGAUUUGAUAAGUAACGAUAUGCGGAACAAGCUGGAGCAAGAACCGCUCGUCCGAUGGUACAGUGGGGACACGUUGAAAGACAUGCUUACUGGGCACAUAUGUGUGCUGAAGCAGGGCGUUAAGACGGAUCUUCUAGACAACAGCUAUAGCAUUACAAGCGCGCUUGUCCGCAUUGUGGGUUCUGUUGAAAACGGAUCGAUCCAACCGUAGCCACAUUUGGAACUAUUUCGACACACUGGAGACACAGUUUCUGGUGGCGCUCCGGACGGGUAUAGAUUUGAGCCGUGCACACUACCGGAACGAAAUGAAAGCUACCAGUGAGGACAACUAAUCAACCAAAUGCGGGCUUAGAACAGGCGACAGAAAUUACGAUUAGCACGCUGAACGGAGAGGCUCCUCCGGUCUUGUCGAAGGAGAAAAAAGUGGAGCUGUGUCAGGGCAUGCUGUUGCGGUUAGAUAUGUUGGAUUUCCAGUUGGCUAGAGUCAAUGGAGCGAUCGAACAGAUGAGGCGUAGCAAUUGUAAGGAUAAAUCCGAACAGGCAAUGGAAACCGAAUAAAGCAACACAAACUCAGAAAUUGUCAUACAGUCAA